AUGUUCGCCCAACGCCAGAUGUUCUUCGCGCGCCUCGCCGCCAACCUCCGUGCCCCCGCGGUCCGCCAGACCGUCCAGCGCCGCUUCGCCAGCACCCCUGCCACCGGCACCGGCAAGAACGCCUUCGUCCGUGAGCGUGAGGCCGUCAAGCAGCACGCCGCUGAGACCACUGAGCUCUGGCGCAAGAUCUCUCUCUACGGCAUCCCCCCUGCCCUUGCCCUCGCCGGCUACAACGCCUACACCCUCUACAACGAGCAUUGGGAGCACUGGUCCCACCUCCCCCCUCUUGAGGAGCGCACCGAGUACCCCUACCAGAACAUCCGCACCCGCAACUACCCCUGGGGCGAUGGUGACAAGACUCUCUUCUGGAACGACUCUGUCAACUACCACAACCGCGACAAGGUUACGUAA